AUGAAUUUAAAAAGAGGCGAUGGGAAUAAACCGGUCUCUCUUGAUGAUAAAUUUGACCGAAAACGUUUUGUCAAGAAAUCCUCAAAUUUCGCAAAAAUGAGACUUAAUUAUCCUCCACCUCAUCAAACAAAAUCUUUAUUGGCUAGGCUGCCGGAUGAAGCUUUCGAUUCAGAAACGGUAACCUUAUUACCAACGAUGCAACCUAAUAAUAAACAUGAAAACCGUACAACUCUAGGAAUUUCAAUACUUACAUGCUUCAUAGUUAUGCUUACUCUAAUAAUAAUCGCAAUGUGUCUCGGCUUUUACAUUAAACGAAAAAACAAGACGCCUGCAGCCGCUUUUAAGAAAGGUCACAGAAAGGAUCCUUCUCCCAUCUCCGCGAUAUUAUCGGGAUCAAUAAUUGAUACGAGAAUUCAAGAAAUAAGAACCGAGUCACAAAGAACUUCCACAUCUUCAAUCCUUAUAGAAGUUAUGACGGAUACAUUAUCAAAUAUAAUUAAGAAUCAAGGAGGAAAAAUCGAGAUCCCUAGCAAUAACAAUUCAAACAUAUCGGCUAGACCUGAAUUGAUACGCGUGAAAUCCUUGGAUCAUUCUGAUGAAGUGGAUAAUGAUUCCAAGAGUGGAAAUGAUUUUACAAAUUCCAUCAAAAAUAUAUUUGGAAAACGCUUUUCAACUUCACAAGAUACUAGCGUUUAG